AUGGCCCUAUCAAGACUCCGUAAUCCGGUGAUCUCUCGAGCUCCGUCUCUUCUCCGGGCCCGUCUUCUCUCCUCCACCAGCCGAUCCUUCCACCGAAUAAGGCAUCUCAAUUCAGUUGUUGAUGUUGAAGACACAUUAAGGACUAGGACUUUACCUGCUUGUGGUGGGGUACAUGGUUAUUCUUCGAAGUUUAAGUUGGAAAAUGGCAUUAGAUAUUUCUCAUCUGGAGAUCCACCUCAACAAACAGUUGUAGAAAUGCCAGCUCUGUCCCCUACAAUGAGUCAAGGUAACAUUGCGAAAUGGAAGAAAAAAGAAGGCGAUAAGAUAAAUGUUGGGGAUGUGCUUUGUGAGAUAGAGACAGAUAAAGCGACACUCGAAUUUGAAUGUCUUGAGGAAGGGUUUCUGGCAAAGAUACUGGUACCUGAAGGUUCCAAAGAUGUGCCUGUAGGACGACCAAUAGCAAUCACGGUUGAGGAUGCAGAUGAUAUAAAGAAUGUCUCGGUCUCUGCUACUGCAGAAAGUGGAGCGGAAGUCACCGAUGGAAAACCCCAUGAAGACACUGGAGAGACAGAAAAGGGGCCUAGUUCUGGGAAAAAUAUUUCUGACCUUCCUCCUCAUAUGAUUCUUGGAAUGCCAGCUCUCUCCCCGACAAUGAAUCAAGGUAGCAUUGCUAGAUGGAAGAAGCAGGAAGGUGAUAAGAUUGAAGUUGGUGAUGUCCUUUGCGAGAUAGAGACAGACAAAGCAACCCUUGAGUAUGAAAGUCUUGAAGAGGGAUUCUUGGCAAAAAUAUUGGCUCCAGAUGGUUCCAAGGAUGUUGCUGUGGGACAACCUAUUGCCGUGACAGUUGAGGAUCCAAAUGAUAUCGAGUCUGUAAAAACAUCUUUUGGUGCUGAUGUGGUACCGAAGGAGGCUGGCACAGUUCGCCAUGAUGCAACUACUGAAACAAAAACUCAGAAAACAAGUUUCAAAAGAAUAAGUCCAUCUGCAAAGUUACUCAUUCAGGAACACGGACUUGAUGCAUCAUCCAUAACCGCCUCUGGUCCUCAUGGUACGCUUUCAAAGGGAGAUGUUUUAGCUGCAAUAGGAGCUGGGAAAGGUUCUCAAACGAAAGCGUCUAAAGAGAAGACGUCACCAGCUCCACAGGGUGGCUCACAAGCUACUUCGCUGCCAUCAUCAGGUUUAAAAUCUGAGCUGCAGCAGGCAGAUGCUUAUGAAGAUUUUCCUAAUAGUCAAAUUCGCAAGGUCAUAGCUACAAGAUUGUUGGAAUCAAAGCAAUCUACACCUCAUCUGUAUUUAUCUUCAGAUGUCAUACUGGAUCCACUUCUCUCAUUCAGGAAGGAGCUUAAGGAAAAGUUUGAUCUCAAAGUUUCGGUGAAUGAUAUCGUCGUCAAAGUCGUAGCAAUGGCUCUAAGAAAUGUCCCUGAAGCAAAUGCUUACUGGGAUGAUAAAAAGGGUGAAGUAGUAUUAUGCGAUUCGGUUGACAUAUCCAUAGCAGUUGCAACUGAAAAGGGCUUGAUGACUCCCAUCAUUAGAAAUGCAGAUCAGAAAUCCAUAUCAUCUAUUUCCUCUGAGAUCAAGGAACUUGCUGAAAAGGCAAGGGCGGGGAAACUCAAGCCAAAUGAAUUUCAGGGUGGCACUUUUAGCAUUUCAAACUUGGGAAUGUUUCCAGUGGACCGUUUUUGUGCAAUCAUAAAUCCCCCUCAGGCCGGCAUUCUUGCAGUAGGUAAAGGUAAUCAAGUUGUCGAGGCAAUUGUUGGCCCAGAUGGAAAUGAGAAGCCUGCUGUUGUCACUAAAAUGAGUUUGACGCUUUCAGCUGAUCAUCGUGUUUUUGAUGGAAAAGUUGGAGGUGCAUUCAUCACUGCACUGGGUUCAAACUUUGCCGAUAUCCGAAGACUCCUUUUGUAA